AGAGCCGCCCCCAUGAUGGACAGCCGCAUCCUGGAGCAUCCUCAUGCCCAGUUCGGGGGGAUGGUGGGCUUCCCUUACCCGCUCGGCCACCACCACGUCUACGAGCUGGCCGGGCACCAGCUGCAGUCGGCGGCCGCCUCCGUGCCCUUCUCCAUCGAUGGAUUACUGAGCGGCUCCUGCGCCGCCUCUGUGGUCAACCCGGCGCCGCUGAUCCCCUCCGGCUGCGGGGUGAGCGGGGACAGCCAGCCCUUCAAGCUCGCAGACUCGGGUGACCCGGACAAGGAAAGUCCUGGCUGUAAAAGAAGACGAACCCGCACCAAUUUUACUGGCUGGCAGCUCGAGGAGCUGGAAAAGGCGUUUAACGAGAGUCAUUACCCGGACGUGUUUAUGCGAGAGGCCCUGGCUCUCAGGCUAGACUUGGUGGAGUCCAGAGUGCAGGUCUGGUUCCAAAACCGCCGGGCCAAAUGGAGAAAGAAAGAGAACACGAAGAAAGGCCCGGGGCGGCCGGCUCACAACUCCCACCCCACGACGUGCAGCGGGGAGCCCAUGGACCCCGAGGAGAUCGCCCGGAAGGAGCUGGAGAAGAUGGAGAAGAAGAAGAGAAAGCACGAGAAGAAGCUGCUCAAAAGCCAAAGCCGCCACCCGCACUCUCCCAGCGCCCUCUCCCUGCACAGCACGCCCAGCUCCGACAGCGACAGCGGCGGCGGGGGAGGCCUCUCGCCCGCCCCGCCUGAGGCCAAGCCCCGCGGGCAGCCCCCGCCGCCCCAUCCGCCGCUCCCCGCCGCCGCCGCCCCCUCCGAGCCGCCCCCCGGCACCUGCGACCAGACGGCCGAGCCCUUCUACCCCAGCCAAAGAAGCGGGAGCGGGCGGCUCCAGCGCCCGCCCGACAAGGACUGCGCGGCCGCCCCGUCGGGGGACGGCAGCGGGGGCGCGGGGGGGCCCCGCGGCGCCGGCAGCUUCCACAAGCUCAACCCGUUCAGCGUGGAGAGCCUCCUGUCCGACUCGCCGCCGCGCCGCAAGGCCGCCCCGGACUUCCCCAGCCUGCCCCCCUGCGCCCCCCGCACCCUCAUCGGCAAAGGACACUUCUUGCUGUACCCCAUCACCCAGCCCCUGGGCUUCCUCGUCCCGCAGACCGCCCUCAAGGCCAGCCCGGGCCCCGAGGCCGGCCAGCCGCCCCGGGACUCCCCGCUGCCCGCCGCCAACCCCGGCCCGCCCGGCUGCGGCGCGGAGCCGGCGCCCGCGGGCGCGCAGCCCGGCCCCGGCCCCACGGACACGGCGGGGUCGGUGCCCCCCGCGCCGGCCGGAGCCUCGCCCCGCUCCGCGGCCGCGCACGGGGACCCGGCGGCCGCCGCCCCCGCGGAGGGCGGCAGCUUCCCCCGGCCCGAGUCGCCGGUGCGGGCGAGGGACGCCAGCACAGCCAGGGACAGAUCGGACUGCGGCCCCGCCGACGGCGAGGAGGUGGACAUGGACUGAGCAGGCGGGCAAAACGAAACAAACAAAACAAAACAAAAAAAAAUCGAGAUAAAAGUAAAAUAGAACAAAAAAAAAAAAAAGAAAAGAAAAAGAAAUAAAAGCAGCCGAGAACGUCACCGCCACCCCCCGUCGCCCGUGAGAAGCGGGGGAAGGAAGCGCUGCCCCGCACGCCGCGCCCGCAGCUCGCGGGAGCCGGGAGAGCGGCUCUUCGUCUCCCUAGAGUUUAUCACAGGUCGAUUCAGGUGAUCAGUUAGAGCUUUUUGGGUUUUAUAUUUAAAGGAUUAAAAAAAAAAAAAAGACAAGAAAACGGGGUAAAAAAAAAAAAAAAAGGAAAAUUGUUUGUUAAGGCUUAGCAGCAGCUGGACUUUGUGGUGUGACAAACUGUACCGCGACAACAACGGAACUCCUCAGAACCCUUGUAAAAUGCAAAAAUGUCUAAGAAUAUUUAUAUAUGUAAAAUUUUUGAUAAAUAAAGGCUCUAAAACUC